CCAUGUGACUGGGGGGAGGCUGCCCCCGUCCAUGGCUUGGCCUCCCCCAGGCAGCAGCAGCUCCGGCUCCCGGGGAGGAGGGGCAGGGGCUGCUGCUCCAUGGGGAGGAAGGGCAGCCCGCGGCCCCCCCAGGCGGAGGGGGGAUGCGGGGCCGCCCGCCCCUCCCUCCUGUGGGCCCUGCCCGAGGAGCUGCUGCUGCUCAUCUGCUCCUACCUGGACGCGCAGGCCCUGGGCCGGCUGGGCCAGGUCUGCCGGCGGCUGCGCGCCUUCUCCGGCCGGGACCUGCUCUGGCGGCGCAUAGCCCGCGGCUGCCUCAACUCCGGCUUCACCCAGCUCGGCGCCGACCUAGCGGCUGGCAUUCCAGUGAAGGAAAGGGUGAAGGUCUCUCAGAACUGGAGGCACGGGCGCUGCCGGAGGGAAACUCUCCUGAAAUGGAAACGCAACUUGAUGCCUUGGAUGCAUUUAGAUGGCGAGUAUCUCUACCUGUCCCAGGCAGAAGACAUCCGGGCCUACCGGUUUCGUCCAGACAGUGCUGGCCUACAACGCCGUCCUCAAGCCAUCUUCUCCGGCCACCAGGAAGAUGUGUGUCGAUUUGUUCUCGCCAGUUCCCACAUCGUCAGUGGAGGAGGCGAUGGAAAUAUCGUCCUCUCUAAAGUCCACGGCUCCUUCAGCAUAAAGUUCUCUGCGCACCAGCAGGAGGUGAACUGUGUGGACUGUCAAGGGGGCAUCAUCGUGAGUGGCUCCCGGGACAGAACAGCAAAGGUUUGGUCCCUGUCCUCUGGCAGAGUUGGGCAUUGUUUACACACGGUGCAGACUGAGGACCGGGUCUGGUCCAUCGCCAUUAGUCCAUUAUUAAGUUCCUUUGUGACUGGGACAGCUUGCUGUGGACACACGUCUCCUCUGAGAAUCUGGGACUUAGAGAGUGGGCAGCUGGCGACCUGCUUAGGGACCGAUUUCCACCGAGGAGCCGGAGUCCUGGACAUCGUCUACGAAACGCCGUUCACCCUCCUGUCCUGUGGCUACGAUACCUACAUCCGCUCCUGGGACCUGCGCGUGAGCACAAGGAAGUGUGUCAUGGAGUGGGAGGAGCCCCAUGACAGUGCCCUGUACUGUGUGAGGAGUGAUGGGAACCACAUGAUUGCCAGCGGCUCCGCAUAUUACGGCGUGGUGCGGCUCUGGGACAAGCGGCAGAGCAGGUGUUUGCAGAGCUUCUCGCUGUCCUCCCCCACCAGCAGCCCCGUCUACUGCCUCCGCUUCAACACCACCCACCUCUAUGCUGCCCUGGCGUCUGCCCUGCACGCCCUUGACUUCACCGCCCCCUGAUGCCUGGGCCAAGGUCCUUCCCGCACCACAGCUGCCUCUGGCCGCCCCCAGUUUGGCCGAUCUGAUGCUCAGCUCAGGGAUUGCAGGGCGGGAGAAAGGCAAAUGGCCAUGGAGACUUCUCAAGGAAUUCCUUAGCGGCCAGAAAGCAUCUCCCUUGAGUGCUGGAAGAGCCAGAUUGUCUCCGACUCCCCUGCCUUUUAGUUUAAAUAAAGGCAAAUUGUCCUUUA